AUGCGCCGCAAAGUCCACAGAGCACUCAUCCAACUCCUAUUCUUCAUUGCUAUUCUCUCCCUAACCCUCUUCCUGAACCGCCCCCAAUUCAGCUCCGCACCCAACAUCUUCGCAUGGACAAAAGUCCGGUACAGAACCACUGCCACCAAACUACCAGAGGCACGGGAUAUCUGUCCCAGUCUAUCAGAAAGAACAAAACCAGCUCUAGUUGUAUCCCGCGUCUCAUCAGAUGGCGAUCCCUCAUGGCUAUCCGACAUGCUCUCAACCCGCUACCACAUCUGCAUCUACAAUGUCGAUAGCCCGAUCGACACAACCUCAGUCCACCUCCAAGUCCCCAUGAAUCGGGGCCACGAAGCAAUGGUGUACUUAACCUUUUUGAUUGACAACUACAACGCUUUUCCGUCCUCGGGAGCGGUCUUUGUGCAUGGCUCCAGAUGGGCAUGGCACAAUGAUGCAAAGGACUAUGACAACGUCGCUCUUCUCGCAGCACUAGAUAUCCCCCGUGCCCUCACGCCGAGCGGAUAUCAUAAUCUGCGCUGCGACUGGAGUACGAGUACAUGUGACCCUUCUGCACCGGCGCAGGGAAGUCUUGAGAUGAGAAUGCAGGCUGCUCUUGAGCCAUGGAGUGCGCGUGCGGCGAGUGAGAUUGCGCUUCCUCUUGCGCUGGAUGCGCUUUUUGGGUGGUGGGGUUUGAGGUUGGGGGAGUCUGGGGGAAGAAUACGCCUUGGGAGAACUGAGGCUGUUCGCGCGCAGUGUUGUGCGCAAUUUGUUGUUUCGCGUGAAAGGGUGUGGCAGCAUGAACACCUCUUAGUCCGUACGGAUUGGUAA